UUGACACAGAAGUGGUCACCUGUAUUGAUUGAUUACAAAACUGGGCACAACCACUGAUUACAUGAUGAUUGAUUUACUGGGUUUGAAAUAAUGAUUGACCUUUUUAUAUAUUUCAGAUGAAAUCAGUCCUUGUCCCUUGGCUGUAAAAUAGUCGGCUGAUUUCCUGUCAGAUACUUUAUCGACUCCCCCCCCUCCACUACCGACGUGAGAGGGUUUCUUUAAGUUAAACACAUGGGGCAUACAGUAGUACAGCAGUACGGCGCUGAGAUCGACCAUGAAGGUUUGCUCUGUGAAGAAAAGUCCUCACUCCUCCUUUAAGCUUUUCAGCCAGCUUCCUUUUAAGUUGCAGUGAUUUAUUUGUCACUUUGAAUAAUGUUAUGCAAUGCUUUCAUUGACGGGUCUGCUGGUGGUGGUCUGAGAUUGUUACACACAUGCUUGCUGGCAGACACACACAUGCACGGACCACCCCGCCGCUCCAUGUUGAGAGGUUUUUGUCCCUGAGCGCGUUGAAAGGCGCUGUGAGUGAUAAAAGCUCUGAGCGCACCUCUCCGAACCCGGAGCGCACAGCAGAGGGGCGGAUCUGACCAGACACCUGCAUCUGCCCUCUGAAUUUUCACUUAUUUGCCAAGUAGCUCUCUUGGACUGGAUACAUUCCCAUUAUUUUCCCUUCUUCACCCUUUAUCAGAAGCUGCCACAUGCGGUGCAACAGAGGACUCCACCGCGCACCUUCGCUUCUCCAGAUGAGUUGACAGACUCCACGGACCGGAUGGUUCCGUCCCGCCGUGGAAAGUUCGGGCUGGUGCAAACUUCGCUGCUCAGCCCGGUAUGAUCGUUUGCAACGUGAGCCUGAGCUGUGCGCACUGUCCCGGGGGAGGAGCCGGUGGCACGGCGGCGACGGACGCGUACGAGGAGGUGACCGGAUCUCUCCCCCCGCCGUCCCUGAGCCCGAGGGGGCACCUGGUGGUGGCGGUGUGCCUGGGCUUCAUCGGCACCAUCGGGUUUCUCAGUAACUUCCUGGUGCUCGCGCUGUUCUGCAGGUACCGGGCUCUGCGCACGCCCAUGAACCUCCUGCUGGUGAGCAUCUCCGCCAGCGACCUGCUGGUCAGCAUGCUGGGCACCCCGUUCAGCUUCGCGGCGAGCACCCAGGGGCGGUGGCUGAUCGGACGCGCUGGGUGCGUUUGGUACGGGUUUGUUAACGCAUGUUUAGGCAUCGUCUCCCUGAUCUCGCUGGCCGUCCUGUCCUACGAGCGUUACUGCACCAUGAUAAGGCCCACCAUAGCCGACGGCAGGGACUUCCGCCCAGCGAUGGGGGGGAUCUGCUUCUCCUGGCUCUACUCUAUAGUCUGGACUGUACCGCCGCUGCUGGGUUGGAGCAGCUACGGGCCCGAGGGUCCCGGCACCACCUGCUCGGUGGACUGGAGGACCCAGACGACAAACAAUGUCUCCUACAUCCUCUGCCUGUUCUUUUUCUGCCUGGUCCUGCCGUUCAGCGUCAUCCUCUACUCCUACGGCAAGCUGCUGUACGCCAUCAGACAGGUCCGCAGUGUGAGCUCAGUGGUGACGCGCCGCAGGGAGCAGCGGGUGCUGGUGAUGGUCGUCACCAUGGUGGUGUGCUACCUGGUCUGCUGGCUGCCCUACGGAGUGGCAGCUCUGCUUUCAACCUUCGGCCCCCGUGACCUUUUGACCCCGGAGGCAAGCAUCACGCCGUCGCUGCUGGCCAAGUUCUCCACCGUCAUCAACCCUUUUAUCUAUGUAUUCAUGAACAAGCAGUUCUCCAGGUGUUUCAGAGGGUUCAUCAGCUGCUCCGUCCCUGAGCGAGGCUCCACCUUAAAGACAUUUUCACGGCCAACCAGGACGCUCCGCACCAUCCGGCAGGAAAAGGAACUCCCUGUGUCCGCUCCGGCCCCUUCCUCCGUCCUACCCACGCCCAACUCCAACCACGAGUCCUCGCAGAGAGCCAGUUACACGGCUCCAUCGCCAUCGUCAUCGAAGCAACACUCUGCUGCUGCACACAAUCCUGCUACUAACACCCCCAAACCCAAACUGAUUCUGGUGGCUCACUACAGGGAAUAAACAGGAGCUUAACAUUUAGAGAAAAUAAAGUGACGAGCGGGCUCCAAUUAACAAACAAAUCCCCUUAAUGGCAGUCUUGGGAGUCUUAAAAAUCAAGCUGGGACACUUUAAUUGCAGAACAGGUUAUCACUGCUCUGUGAAGUUGGCAAACAGGGAUACACACAAAAUGCCAGUCGCUAAGCAUAGUGCUCCAUGGUGCUGUAACAACGCCAAAAAAUGCCACAAAUAGGCCAAGCUUUUGCAGCUCUUUGCUUGUAUUGAUGAAGCUUCUUUGUUGCAUAACUCAAUAAUGUUCUUUCUUAAUCUGAGGGAUUCUUCAGGAGCAAUUUAGAGAAGCACAACGUUCUUCGGUGAAGAUUUCACAAAUUGUUUGGUGUUUUUUUUUCACGGGGCAAUGAGAUGUUUUGUCGGCUGUUAGCAGGAUUAUUCUUUCCCUUUUUCGACGAUGAUUCGGUUGAAGGAGCGGGUAAGCGUUUUUGCCUGACCCCAUUUCCAUGCCUGAUAUUUGAGGAUUUGAUACAGAGUAUUAAAGAUUUGUUGAACAAUUUUAUGUAAUUUAGAGCUGAGAAGGUUUUUUAUUAUGCCUUUAUUUACACUUUGCUGCAUAUAGGCCCUACUGUCGUCGAUUCUGGGACUGUUAUGAAAGCAAUUAAAGGGACAUUUCACCAUGUUAUGAGGGAUUUCACUGUUUUUGAGUUGUCUUCAUGUUUCUGAAGCUGCUGUUUCUCUUUGCUCAGUGGAAACGUGCUUUUGUGUUGUCUCCCAGUGUAUUUUUGUUUGCUUAUGUAACAUAAAUUAAAUCAUGUCACAAACAUA